AUGUCUGUGCACCCCCAACACGAAGGAGAGACCGAAGUGCGGCAACACCCGGAUGUGGAUCCAGCGGUGAAGGAAGUCCUCCAAUUCUUGGUGUUGGACGAUUCAUCAGUGGAGGAUGGCACUUCUGUGGAGAUGUGCAAUUUGCUGAGCACAUGUGAAUCCUCAUCUUCAUCAAGUUCAUCGGGGUCUAGUGAUGAUGGCAAGCGCAAGAAAGGCAAAAAGGCAAAGGCAUCGAAGAAAGAGAAGAAAGGAAAAGAAACUGCACCAAAGAAGAAAGAGAAAGAUGCCAAGAACAAGGAAGAGAAGCCAGGUAAGGGAAAGAAGGAAAAGACGAAGGACAGACCCUUUUUGUAA